AUGUCUCGUGGAUUCAAUCAAGGCAGUAAAAAGGCACGAGUUUUAUAUAGCUACACUGCCCAGAACGACGAUGAACUCAGUUUAAAAACUGGUGACCUGGUAAAUGUUCUGAAGACUGCCCUACCAGAUGAUGGAUGGUGGCUAGGGGAGAUCAACAACAGGAUUGGGGUUUUCCCUGAUAAUUUUGUUGAAAUCAUCUCAGACGCAAAUGAAGAAAUCUUUUACACUUCCAAUGAACCUCAAGAUCCAUCACUGACAGAUAUAGAUCUUGCCUUGCACGUUCCACUUGCUACUAACAUCGAAGACGACAUGAAUAGCGUACAGACCAACACAACGAAACUAAUUCACAUCACUGCCAAUCGAGUAAAGGGCCCUCAGAGACGCCCUCCGACCAAAGUUCUAAACAGGACCGCUGUUGGCGUGCCGUCUGACGAGGACCUGAUUGACGGUGGGGGCGUAUGUGGUAGUCGUGUGUGUGAAGGUGGUCGGGGGAGUAGGGGGAUGGCCUCUAAAGUUAGUGGCGGUGGAGGGGGAGGUGGGGGUGGGGUUGUUUCUGAGAGAAGUUUCGACGUGUUUGGUGAGGCGAUGGUCAGGAGAGAUCGACAGAACAGUGAGGAUAAUCUCGACAUCAACUUAGAGAGUGACGAAUCGUUUGAUGCUUUCUUCCUUAAUAAACAGUCGCAGCAGCAGCGGAAGCAGCAGCAACUGCAUCAGAUGAAAUCAAACAGCUACUUCCAAAAACUUCAGCAUCAGCAGCAGCAGAAGAAGAUGCAACGUCAGCAAAUAUCAGACAGCAAACAACAGAAGCUACCAGCAAGGUACAUGCAAGAGCAGGAGCAAGAUGCUGCCGUAGAAUCAGACAACAGAUCGGGCUCAGAGUUGGAUUCGUGUUGGGGAGGUGGUCGCGAGUAUGAAACCGAGGAAUAUUCUCUACACCACCAACAUUCUCCCCCUUCUACAUCUCAUGUCCAUCUUUCUGCCACUCCUACAUCGCGUGAUAAUAUCGUUAAAAGUGAAUCUACAACUGAGACAACUGCUGAUUGUAAUAAUAUUAGAGCUGAUAGGUGCAAACCUGCUAAGUCUGUCAGUGAUUCUGUAUACCACCACCAGCAGCAGCAACAACAACGACAGCAGCAGCAGCAGCAACCAAUAAAAAAUGUUUCAGACGAUGACGUCAAUUAUUUUCUACAGAACUGCUCAAGGGAGGAGGAACAUCAUCUAAAUAAUUUCAUGAAUUCAAUUGAACAGUAUGCGCCACCGCCACAACAGCAGCCACAACAGCAGCCACAACAGCAGCCCCAACAGCGUCUACAGCUACAACAUCAACAGCAACCAAAAAAACCAAUCCAGCCUAAUCGUUUCCCAAACAGCCAGCAACAACAACAACCAAAUAUUCUUAACAAAACUACCUUCAUAGCCAAACAAACUCCACAGAAGAGCGAACCAGCCAGCAGACCAGCAGCCAACAAACAUUCUGUGAUGUCGUUUGAAGAGUACCAAGCCAUGGUGAGCGAGGUCGACGCCCUAAAGAACGAUUUGAAAGAACAACUGCAAACGAACGAACGCAUGGUGCAAACUCUGCGAAACUUCCUGAACGAAGAACGACAACAUGUGAGUACUCUGUCCAUGGAGUUGGACAAGCUUAAGCAGCUGGUCGUUAAGCGUAUCAGUUUUUUGUGA